GUGGUUCACACAGGUGGUGCCAAAGCGGGAGAGACUAGACGUGGGCGUUGGAUGUCUAACCCCGCCUUCCCGCUGGCUGAAGGAAGAAAUGCGCGCAGCAGCCAGGCAGUAUCAAACACUUCCAGCAGGAAAUACGACAUACUCGGUGUCACCUGUUGAGUGUUCUGUAAAUUCACAAAUCCUCCGGGAUCGACAUCUGCGUGGCGAAAACCCUGUGGAACCGCAUACAGCCGAUAGGUCUCCUGGAAUCACCGAAUCAGUGUUUUUUCUUCUUUCUGCAGGAACUGGUAAGCUCGGUCUCACAGUGUUAUUUGUGCUCGUGGUUGUCAACACUAAAACCUCACUUCCCACAAAUCCAGUGAGAAUGAACCAGAAGGCAGCCAGAGCGCAGGACAUCUGUGAAGAGCUCACGGGGCAAAAUGAAGAGGAUGAGGAGGUGUCGGAAAAUGAGGAGUCCAGAGCCUGCGGUGUGUGUGGAGACCUGGCCAAAGGUUACCACUUCAAUGCCUUGACGUGCGAAGGCUGCAAGGGCUUCUUCAGACGUGCCAUAAAGAGGUCAACACCGCUCCGCUGUCCAUUCCUGAAUAAAUGCAUAAUAACCAAAAACAACCGCCGGUCAUGUCAAGCCUGUCGCUUCCGUAAAUGCCAGGCCAUCGGCAUGCGCAAAGAAAUGGUCAUGUCUGAGGAGGAGGUAUUGGAGAGGAGGAUUCGAAUCAAGAAGAAAAAGAUGCUCGAUGCUUCAAUACAGCUUUCAUCCCAGCAGAAAGAAACCAUUGAGGAGCUUCUCUGUGGCCACCGCAGCACAUUUGACUCAGCAUUUUCCAGUUUCAGUGGCUUUAGGCCCAUUGAUAGAAGCGUCCUUCCUGAGAGCAAGUGCAACCAGCAAGCAAGUGAGCACUUUGACCCACAGAUGGACUGUCCUACAAACUCUUGCACUGACACUAGUAAAUCUGCCACAGCCCCCCAAACAUCCUCAUAUGCCAACUUCUUCUGCUUCUCCUCUUCCUCCUCGUUGUCGUCCUCCUCCUCCAGUCUCUGUGGUUCCUCUGAAAAACAAGAGAACCAAAAGGGAGAGGAGGUUAGAAAAGGCAGUGUUUUUACUGCUCUUCCACACAUAACUGACCUCACCACUUACAUGAUCCAGGACAUCAUUAGUUUCUCCAAAAGUCUACAGGACUUCCGGUCUCUAAGCAUGGAGGACCAAAUUGCUCUUUUGAAGGGGGCCACAUUUGAAAUUAUGCAGAUCCGCUUCAACAUGGUGUUCAACAUAAAAACAAGCAUCUGGGAAUGUGGCCACAUUACAUACUGCAUAGAUGACGCUGUACGAGCUGGUUUCCAGCCACUCCUACUGGAGCCGCUGUUGAAAUUUCACCACACACUGCGCAAACUGGGCCUGCAGGAGGAAGAGUAUGUUCUCAUGCAAGCCAUGUCCCUGUUUUCCCCAGAUCGUCCAGGUGUGCAGCAGCACAGUGUGAUUGAUGAGCUUCAUGAAAACUUGGCGCUGACACUAAAAACCUGGAUUGACUGCAAGAGGACAGGCCAAGGAAAAAAUUUGCUGUAUCCCAAAGUGAUUGCCUGUCUCAUGGAGAUGAGAACAAUGACUGAGGAGUACACCAAACAGGUUCUACAGAUCCAGGACAUCCAGCCUGGCGAUAUCUCUCCUCUCAUUAUGGAGAUGGUCAGUAAAAACCCAUGUACUGACCUCUAAUGACACCUACUGUACAUGGGCAGCUCAGGCACUCUGGGUCCUCCUCUGCUAUUUAAUAAUGGAAACCCCAAACAGAAAAUCAGGUUCUGUCAUGUAACAGUCUUAAGCAUAGAAUGCACAAAGUCCUGAACAAAUGGAGAUGCUUGUGGACAUUAAAGUCUUGACUGAGUCAAGUCCUGCUUAUCUGUCUUCUGCACACUACAAGAAACCAUGAGUAAGGCCACAUUAAGUUAUAAUGUCUGUUUUGUUAACUGUUUGCAGUACUGUUGGAAUAUAGUGAAUUUGUCAUUUCUGUGUUAUGUGUUUUGUUUACAGUGAAUACAUAUUGUGUGUCCAUGAAUUAAUGUUGGCUUAAGGUUGGGAGUGUUUUCUGUGUUUUUGCACACAGAAUCCAUGAAGUCUGUGAAGAGAGAGUGGAAAGAGCUGCAGUUGCAAAGACAAGCUGUACCUUUCAUAUUUGUUACCUCAGGUUGUGUUUAGCUUUGUGUAUUGAUUGUGUAUAUUCUACACAAAACUGACUAAAAGUGCUCCACUUCUGCGGUCGUCAGCAGCAAGACAAACAGUGCCCCCAUGUGGCAGUGCUUACACGAAGGAUAACACUUUAAAUAAAGGACUGAUCCGUUGGUGCCACUGCAAAAAUGGCACUUUUUACCAGUUGUUCAUUAAAUAUAUUGUGGAAAAAUC